AAGCGACCCACCAUAUUCGAUGGAAGUCAUUGUUGUUGUUCAUGUAACUUGUAUCCUUUUUUCGCCUCGCUCAUUCCUUCUUACCCUUUGAUUCACUGAUUUACCAUUGGCGAGAUGAGUGCUAGCUGGGUAGGGAGUGUCAUCUCUGUGGACUGUGGGGAUGCUUUAGGGACGUACCAGGGGCAGGUGAAGACUGUGGAUGAUACAGCACAGACCCUGACACUGUCAAGCGCUUUCAGGAAUGGACUCAAAUGUGAAGUGAAGGAGCUGACCCUAAGCGCGAGGGACAUCAGAUACCUGAAGAUUCUCAUGUCUCCUAGCGACGCUGCUAGGAUUCCGACCAAGCAGGCUACACCAUCCAAGCUGACUAAAGAGCUUUAUGUUGAGGAGCCAGUAACAGUUGGAGCUGCGUCACCCAAGAACUCUCACCUGCACCAGGCAAAGGAUAAUAACAACCGAUCUUAUAAUGGACGGAGCCCCAUCAACCAUGUCAACAGUACGAACUACAGGUUAUCACCAGUGAAGCACAAACCAGAUAAUAACUUCAACCACUCAGGGUACACCAACGGACUAACCAAUGGGAAUAAUGGAAACCGAAAUCAGCGACACACACCUGUAAACGAUGAAUGCCACAGGCCAAGGAGGAAUUCAGCUUCUGAAGUGAAGAAGAAAUCAAGCACCCCAAGAAAAAUAGACUUCAAGAAGAGGUCGACCCCAAAGGAGGAUUGUUUUAGUGCUCCAACUGAAUCCUACCUGGAUGAUUUUGACUUUGAAAAGAAUUUGGCCUUGUUUGAUAAGAAAGCAGUAUUUGAGGAAAUUGAGAGUUCAGGAAACGGCACUGUGAUCUUUGCUGGUAAUGGAGAAAAAAGACCAGCCAAGUACAGGUGUGACGAAAAUGUGCUGCAGUCAGAACCAGUGGUUCUUUCACAGAUAAAGGUUCCAAGCUCAGAUGCAAAGUGCUAUGUUACAGAUUCAGGGUUGAGGGUUCCUAGUAUAUCUCACAGCAUGCGCAAACAGUUGCUGUCUGCAGCUGAACUGGCAGGUUUGAAUGAACCACGGUUAUUGGAGAUGGUGGGGCGGUCAGCCAGUGAAAUGGUCCUACAAUUGCUAGGUGGAUGUCACAGAAUGUCACCUCAAAACAACCACCAGCGCCCUGUGGUUGUGGUUCUGUGUGGUUGCCAUGGCCAAGGUGCCCAGGGAGUGAACUGUGCUAGACAGUUGGCCAACCACAAUGUCCAUACCACUGUAUUUGUCCCAGGCCAACCUAGUGAGCAUAAUACAGCCUUGGAGCAGGAACUCCGUCUGUAUGAACUCACAGGCAACAAGAAAACCUCUGAUAUUAAGGAUUUACCCAACGGUACAGUUGAUAUGAUUAUCACAGCCAUAGAUGGCCAGGAUAACCCUGGUGUGAAGGAAGAGGCCUGGUACAGACUUCUGGCUGACUGGGUACCAAGCAUGAGGGUGCCAGUGCUGGCCAUCGACCCUCCCCCUGACGGCACAGCCUUUCAGAGUAAGUGGAGCCUGGGACUGGGCUUGCCCCUCAAUCUGCCUCCGUCCUGUGGGCAGGUCUACCUGUCUGAUCUCAGUCUACCAAAGAAGGUCUUCACUGACCUGGGCAUCAAGUACAUGUCCCCAUUUGGCCACAAGUUUGUCAUUCCACUACACGCUGUAAAGGCCUGACACAUAGGUGAUGUAUAACAUAGCAUAUCUCAUCUCAGUCUGUGGCCUUUAAGGGCCCUGAUCCUCUCAUGUACUUGUACGUUUGUUUACAGCAUUGUAGUUAUCAGACCAUUGUUUUUUUAACCACAGUGCAUCGUGUGGAACUUUUUCCAGUCAUGGAAGGCCCCGUGUACAUGUAAAGCAUGUAAAGUGUAUAUGUAAAUUUGUUUGUAUUCAUUUUGUGGCAUUAUGUGGAGACUUGCUCCAUUCUAGUGUAUAUAUUUUUAAAACAUUUUGUUUAAUCAGUACAGUAAUUAGAAAAAAAAAAGAACAAACUUUGAAGUAUGUUUUUUUUUCUGUUUGAGCAUAUUAUUCUUUCAGCUUACCUUUCAUAUCUUGUAACCAAAUAUGAUUCUUUUAUUAUGUCUGCAAUGUUAAUUUUUGCUUCCACACUUAUUUGCCUUUAAAGAUGAUACAGCCUUAUGUACAGUGUAAAUAGUUUUAACUGUGACAUAUCUUUGUCUCGUUCAGUCUGAACAAAUGAAAUCUUGAUGAUCUCAGUUGUAAUCUUGUUAUUUGCCUAGUUAUACUAAUCUGUUGUUUUGCAAAAACUGCUUUGAUGCAUACAAAUAUGAGCAUGUAUACAGGGAUAUACAUUUUGUUUUUUUUCGGGUGUUAAAGACAUGGUAUUAUAAUUACUAUUGCACUGUAACUCCCGGUAAACCUAAAUCACCGGGACAUACAUUGUUCAUAUUGAUGUUCCAGAGUAACUAUCAUUUAAGAAUUUUGUUGUCGUGUUUGUAAGAUGUUAAGAGAGAGCAUGAGAAGCCACGUUUGUGUUGUAAAGUUUACAAGGGCCAGGUGCCUUUGCAAUUCAUCAUUCUCCUUUAAUAUUGUAUUGAGAAUUGGCACAUAAAUGUUCAGGUAUUACUACAGGCCUGGGUCAGAGUAUUUAUGUUUUCUCUCUCUCAUGAGUUUUAAACCUAAAUAUUGACCAAAGUAUCAUAGAACAAGUGCUUACAAAGAAUGAAUGUGUGAAAGUACAGACAUGCAUGUUUGAAAUUACAUAACAGCUAUCAUUUCUAAGAUUUUAAGUGGCUGGAAAGUGUUUGUAGAGUAUGAUAGUCCAUUCGUGUUAGCAGUACGUUGAAAGUGUAUGGGUAAUCUGCUCAGUUUGACAGGAGAUACACCGUAGAGGUCUUAUCACGUGACCACUAUUUAUUAUCUUACGCAUGUAUUAUGUAUUUGGCUGGUUCAUCAAUGUUGUGCAGGUGAAAGUAUUAGGUCAGCUGGACUAUUUUUAUUGUGUGUGAAUGACCAAAUCUGACAUCAUGAGAUCUCGAUUAGAUUUGAAGGUAACCAUUACUGUAUAUUGAUUCAUGAAGCACAUGUGUGGUUCUUUUUCUUUUUUUUUCUCCCCAUUUUAUGAUUGUUUAUAUUUUUUUUCAAGAAUUGUAGUUUUAUAAUCUCAGAACUUUGUAAAUAUGUAAUGUAUGUUACAAGAUUUUAUGUAUUUUUGACAGUAUUAAGCUAGUCCUACCAACUUGACUGUUACAAAUGGUCACUCAUGUUAUACAUCAUAAAGACUAGAUUUUAUACCAUUGUCUUCUGUGAUUAACGGUACAGCUACUAGACAAAUCUGCCACACUCCAUCUGUAAUGCGUGUACCAUUGUGAAAAUAUGUAAAUGUAGGUUCAGAAUUUGUCAGGGUCCAGAUACCUGGCUCAAAGUGGAUGUCUAGGUGUCAGAUUAUAAGCUAGUGGUACAACAUGUGCUAGAAUGUAUUAAAUCCUUCACUGUACAGAUGUCAAACUAGCGCAGACAAAGGACACACCUGUGCUGAAAACUUUUCCUCUUGUAAUAUGUGAUAAAUCAGACUAUAGUGCUCAACAGACACUUCUAGUAUGUGUCACACUUCCUUAACCUGGCCUGGUAGAUUGAUACUUCAUCUGUAUGGGUACACAUCCGCCAGAAGCACAUCAUUUUUCUGUGUGUACCAGCGUGAAGAGACCAGAGUCAUGUAAUAUCAGCGGUUUGAGGCACUGGUGUACAACGUCUUGUACACUUUGGUGUUGAAAUCUUCAGGGGAUGUAUUUGAGGACGUCUUAAGGAAAUGCUGAAUCUGGAAUAGUGAUUUAUCAAUUUAUGUGCUUGUGUGAUAGCAGAAAAGAUUCAUAAGAUCCGUGAUUGUUGACCGAGUUUUCAAGGUGCCAAAAGAUUGAUUUUAAAAAUCCCCAAGACAUUUUGGAGCUCUUUGAUACACAAUCAAUCGGGACUAUGCCAUCUUAACAAAGGCUGCAGGACAAAUCUAUUGCAUCAAAGAAAUGAUGAGGAUGGUUGAAAUCUGUACAUUUAGAACCUGUUGUACCUCUGGGGUGACAUGUUUUCACACCAAACUACUAACGUUCAGUUGAGCAGCAUUAAUGUGAACACAAGGCUAUUCCCCUUGGACAAAGAUAAGGAUGUGGGAUAAUGACUUGUACAUUGUGAACCAUAGGGCUGCCAUUUCAUGAUAUUGGACAGAAAUUAUCCCGCUGUGCCAUACCAGAUUGAAAGUAAACAAAGUGCUUGAAGGAAUCUCAAAAGAAAAAGAAGAAAAUAACUGGAGGAAUGUAUUUAAUAAGUUUUUUGUGCGCUUAUGUAUGCUUGGUUUUUCAUACAUAGUGAUUGAGGCAGAAACUUUGGGAUGAAAAAAAAAAAAAUGACGUGGACAAAAAUAUUUUUGCUGUAAGGAAAGUGCUAGGAGUGGUAAGUGCAUGUAAAUGUACCAAAGUGUGGUUCAAAAUAUUGUUUCCUGGAGGCAUGCUUUCAUGCUAGUGCUGCAGAUAGGGGUAAAACUUGACCAAACGCAUGACUACUGCUGUGGGACUGUACACUUUACAAGUCAGUGAUGCAGCCUGGACAGGCUUGUGUGCAGAAAAACAUUGUUAAAGUGCACAACCAAGCAGAAGACCAUGGUAUGUUGUGAAUUCAAAUGCUUCCAGAAAUUUGUGCGUGUCUUAUCAGCAUUGGAUACUGUGAUUCGGAAAGGACAAGAUUUGUAUCUUUCCAUGCGGAUUCCUGUGGAGCUUUGUGAGAGCCAGUUUUACGGAGUUUUGUGUCUCAUUUUAACUUUAGGAAAUUUCUGGAUAUUAACAGAGUAUGAUUCUCAAUUGAUUAUGGUAUACCACAGAAUUACUUCCAUUGACUAACUUGACAAAGAAUGAAUGGUUUAUUCAGGACAACAUAACAGAGAAUGAUUCCCAAAUGACCAUUCUCAGCUAUAGGAUUGCUCUUAGGGACAAGUGUACUCAGGGAUUAAUCCCUUCCGCUUCUGGUCAUGCAAAGGAUAUCACAGCAGUCGUAGAGAGGAAAAUACUCCCCAGAGGCUCACAGGCCGGAGCCCCCAGUCUUCAGACAGUCAUUCCUAGUAUUGGCUGGGCAGUCUGUCGAGGAACUGAUCUGACAUGCUACAUGUAAAUACACCUGAGGUUACUUCUCCAGUGUGAGAUGUGCCGGAAUGUUUACUGCCCAUAUCUGUAACAUUUCAUAGGAUAAUCCAAUGUGGCCAAUAAUUACCAGCAGCUGAGUGCAUACGUGUUCUUUCUGUGGAGCAAGCUGAUGAGUACUUGAGUGACAGAUACGGUAAAUUUGCUUAUCAGUGGGUGUGUUUGUCAUUAUUCAUGUCAUUCAUUGUGAAUAAGGAGGUAUUUCAACUGUCGUCUAAGGAUGUGCCUUUGUCAUGCACUUUAUGAAGAGAAAUGAUUUGCGAGCAUGUCUUAAACAAAAUGUCUUUUUGUGGUUGUGAUAAAUGUACUAUGUUCUGUAUAGAUGUACACGUGUAUCUGAUAUAGAACUAGGUGUACUAUGGGGAACUAAAUUGUCCACCUAAAACAAGUACUCCUAUGUUCUUUACUCUCUAAAAAUGUCACGAUUUCCAUAGUUAUAUGUAGUUCACUGCAGGAGACUUACUUGUAGUUCUCAGCAGGAGUUACAUGUACAUAUAGUUCUCAGCGGGAGUUACAUGUUUAUGUAGUUCUCAGCAGGAGUUACAUGUACACAUAGAUCUCAGCAGGAGGUUCAUGCACAUGUAGUUCUCAGCGGGAGUUACAUGUACACGUAGUUCUCAGCGGGGGUUACGUGUACAUGUAGUUCUCAGCGGGAGUUACAUGUACACGUAGUUCUCAGCUGUAGUUGUAUGUACACGUAGUUCUCAGCUGGAGUUACAUGUACACGUAGUUCUCAGCUGGAAUUACAUGUACAUGUAGUUCUCAGCUGGAAUUACAUGUACGCGUAGUUCUCAGCUGGGGUUACAUGUACACGUAGUUCUCAGCUGGAGUUACAUGUACAAGUAGUUCUCAAGCAGUUCAUCAUAAUAGCAGAGAGAGUUGUGUUUUUACACAGCUUACAACUGACGUGUAGGUGGCAAAUGUUGAACGAUCACACCCAUUCAUGGACUACAUUAUUACACGUACAUACAGGAAGAGCAGCCUGAUCAAUUUAGUUAGCGGUAUCUACCAUUCAUCUUUUAUGGUUUUAUCAGCUAUAAGCCAUUACUGUAGACAUAUUUGACUUGCUUUAGAUGUAUUUAUCCAAAGGGAUAAGUGAUGGAAGCUCUUUAGAAUUUUACUUACAUUUAUGCAACUUCACCAUCACCAGUGUCAAAAAGCUGUUCAUUCUGAAUUUAUGAGAAUGGCAUCGCUUCUGACCUACACCAGUAUAAAUUCACUGGGUGUCUUUUUCAGAGGACUUCCUGAUGUCAUCUUCAUGAAUGCCAGUGUUGUGCAUCACUGAUCACCAGGUUAUAGUGUAUUUUUUUAUUCUGUAUAUUGUGCUGGACAAGAAAAGCAUAUGUAUGUGGAGGUGCCGUCCAUUAUUUCACUGAAAUGAGUUUCUGACGAACAAGUACAUAUACACUCAUUAGGUACUUCCUUUGUACAUCCUAACUGUGGGUUGUAACCAUGAGUGUUAUCUGAGAUUACAGCAUCUGGGUAACCAUGCAUUUUAACUACUGUUCAUAACAUUAACCCACAGUCCAGGAGAUAUUCAUUAAUCUUGAAAAUCAGGGUCAGGAGAUGUAAUUGUGAGUUUUUAAAUUGAUUUCUUUGUGCGAAAGUGCUGUUAGAAACUACAUGUAGUUCACUGUAAUGGUGUGUGUGAUGUGAAAUAAUACAUGUACAGUGUGUACUUCUGCUAAGAUUUUAAGAGUUUCAGAUAAUAGGCUUAUUUAUAUAGGCCUACAUGUACUUUUAUUUUCUAAAUUGCAUUUGAAAGAUUAAAUGAGGCUUAAUGUACGUGUGGCAUUUUGUUCCUAAAGCAAGACUGGUGAGAUGAUCAUGUUGAUACGUGUAAUUGUUAUAAUCAGCAUUAAAAUGACUCGCAGGUAUAUUUUCUUUAAGGUCAUUUAACCAGAUAAUAUGCGAAAACACAUACAGUAAGAUUAAGGUUGUAUUCCUGUAAGUAUGUA